AUGCAGACUGCGGAUCCUCGACUCCAAUUUCACAAGAAGCUUAUCCGAGAUCUGAUGACACCCAAGUUUCUCAAAGAGGCAUCGGCACCUCAAAUAUAUGAAAAGGCUACUGCACUAAUCGCAUUGUGGAAGUUGAAAGCGUUCAAAAGCUAUGGUAGACCGUUUUCAGUGGGUAAUGAUCUCUAUUCAGCAACACUCGACAUGAUAUGCGCCGUUGCAUUCGGAAUGGACGACACAAGCUCUGCUCUACAGCACGAGAUUUCUCAUAUACAAAGCAUUAACCCUACCUUUCCUAUCGUCAAGGGGGAACCUGCCUGUUUCUCAUCAGCGCCUGUCACGCCCGAACUCGAAGGACUCUUCAACAUCCCAGAAAUGGUGUCGAUAGCCCAAGCAAGCCCCUUUCCUUCACUCUCGCAAACCCUCGCGUUGCUCAACCCAAAGCAUGCGCGGGCUCAUUGGAACAGGAAAACUCUGAUUAUGCGCCAGACAGACAAGAGCCUGCAGAAACUUACUUUGGGAGGCUCAUCUGAAUGUAAGAGUGCUCUGGAUCAACUGUUAUGGCGAGAAAUGAAUGCCGCGAAGAUGGCUGGACGACUACCAAAUUACUAUUCACCUGUGAUUCGAGAUGAGCUUCUCGGAUACCUUCUGGGCGGCCACGACAGCACAGCCGCUACCUUGUGUUGGUGGGUGAAAUACAUUUCAGCCUACCAGUCGGUCCAGACUCGACUUCGAGAUGCCUUACGACAAGCUCAUGUUGAUGCUUACCAAACGUCUCGACUACCCACCAUCGACGAAAUCUGUGAUGCAUCUAUCCCAUACUUGGAUGCCGUCAUGGAAGAAACUCUCCGAUACGCCUCUGUUGCAACGCUCAUCGUCCGAAUGUCCACUUGCGACACGCAGAUCUUGGGGUAUCAAAUUCCCAAGGGCACAGACAUAAUGAUGUCGUUGACGGGCCCAUCAAUCACGGAGCCUGGUUUGCCGAUUCGCGAAAUGUCGCGCUCUUUGGAGUCGCAGGAAUCCAAAGACAAAGUUCUUCCCUGGGAAGAAGACAUAUCCCAGUUUAAGCCAGAGAGGUGGCUUAAGCUGGUGAAGAGUGCCGACGGUAAAGAAGAAGAAGUGUUUGAUUCGCGAGCUGGGCCGAAUCUUGCCUUUUCAGCCGGGCCUAGACAGUGCUUUGGAAAGAAGCUGGCAUAUAUGAAGCUGGAAGUGGUGAUGACGCUGUUGAUAUGGAGCUUUGAGUUCCAAGAGCUUGAUGAGUCGUUGAACGGGCCGGAUAUUAUAGAGAAGCUGGUAAAUCUGCCAAAGGAUUGCUAUGUCAAACUCGCGAGGGCGUGA